CGAUAGUGGCUUUGCUUGAGGCAAUAUUGAAGGGUGGUUAUUGGAACCGUACCCAUUUAUCAAUAUCUCUCAGCCAAUAAGGCUAAGGCUAAAUAUACGAGUCAUCUUUAUAAACUGUACCGGCUCCUAUAACUCCAAGUAUUAUCUUUAUAAUCAAGUCUACAUAUCGGGUUUUGCUUACGGAGAUCCCAACCCCAAUUACCGUAAACAGCGGCGCCGACAAGCUAGAGACAGUGUCAUACCAUCUCGAUGAACUAUACAAGGAAAAGGGCGCUCUUGGCCUGCGAUUUCUGCAGACAUAGAAAGAGACGAUGUGACGGGAAGAAGCCGUGUUCGACAUGCAGAGAUUCGGAUGCCGAUUGCGUGUAUAAGGAGCUGCCAUAUGAUCGGAUCGAGGAUGCAAGCCCGGCGGCUGUUGCUGACCGUCUGUCUCGGAUCGAAGCUCUACUUGAGCAGCAGAGUCAACAACUUCGCCAACUGAGCACAAGCUCGACUCCAACAAAUGUUUCUGUGAUCCCGUUCGAUUUCACUCAGUCGCCGUUACUUCCUCAGGCGACUGAGUUCAAUGAAUUUCCCGUGUUCCCACAAGACAAUAUUGAGUCUCCUACUUUCCUCAUCCCCAAAGGGCAUACAGCAUUAACGACCACAUUGCUGUCCGUGCCUCAUAUCCAAGAAGAGGUCGGUGGUUAUGCUAGAGACUUCUUCUACAAGAUUGAAGAAACUCAGCCCUUACCGGCGUCGCUUGGGGCUGCUUCAGAUGAUCGACAAACAUGGCCACCCUUAAGACAAAACAUGCUUAACAAGCUUUCCGAUAGCUACUUUCAAAAUGUCCAUCCUCACCAACCAUUAUUCAGCGCAAGCACCUUCGAGCUAUUACAGAGCAAGCUCCUCAAGAAUGAACGUAUGGCAGACACAGAAGCAGCGAUAUGCCUUUGCGUCUAUGCUCUCGGAGCGAUUACAACAUCCGCCGCAUCAAUCCCGGGCGCGAGCAGUCAGGUGUUGGGCCUCGGUUUCUUCAAACCAGCACUUGCCAUAAUUCUUUACGAGUACACAUGGAAUUUCAAGUCUGAUCUGAGUGUGUGUCAGGCUUUGCUGCUCGCCGGGUCCUACUUCUCCCAUUUAGGUCGGCCACUGCAAUCCUGGCGUAUGGUGUUCUUUGCGUCCCAAAGGUUGCUACAGAACAUGGAACUGCGACACGGGGAGACUCCUUUUUCAGGGUAUAAUGAAGAGGAGCUGCGUGCCUUCUGGCAAUGUUUUUUAGAGGACUGUAACAGAGCAGAGGACCUGGACGUGUUACGAAGUGGAAUAGAGCCACUGGGCGACAAGAUGCCGCUUCCACAUAGUCUAGACCCCAGUGACCACGAAGAGACAAUUCACUUAUUCGCAGAGAUCGCAAUUCGAAGACUUCUCAAUCGCGUGCACAGCUCACUUUACAGCCCAGACACCGAAAACACCGCGACGGGAGGAUUUGCCGAAACCGCGCUCUUGGGCACGAGUUUGAGUCUGCAGAAACUCUUGACGCUAAGCUCAGAGCUCGACCGACAGCUUGAGCAAUGGUACACUUCGAUACCAGACGGUAUACGACCACCGCGAGGCGUGGAAAUUAUACCCACAGAUCGCGGCCGAAUUCUGCGCAUACGAUAUUACGCCGCGCGGCAACUCAUCCAUCGUCCAUUCAUCUUGUACUCUGUGGCCCAGUAUCAACAUUAUCGAGGUUCAACCGAUUCAAUAUCGCCCGGCACAAGUGGUGCAGGCGUACCAUCUCUCUUGCCGCCGGUUGUGAUCGAGAAGUGCGAGCUUUGUAUUGAGUCUUGCGCUAAAUAUAUAUAUAACACGAUUGAGAUGCUCGACAAGCGCUCGCCUUACCUUUGGUCUCUCACACAGGGUUGUCUGGCAUGUUUAACCGUGCUCAGGCUUGCGGAAAGCUUUGCACCACUGCGCGAGUUCGUUCCGCCGAUGAGACCUCUAAAGGAAACGGUCAUCGCGAAGACCAGGAAGUGGGCGGUGGAGGGGUCGAGUUUUGAGGCCGUAGUCGCAAUUUUGGAGGCAAUGGAGUUUCGAGAGGCCAGAGAGGCAGGAAGUGUGCAGUGAGGAUUAAACGGAUUGAAGAAUAUAGUAUAUAU